AUGGACAAGAUUCGACUCGGAAAUAUUGCUACGAAUUCGUCGUCAAAUGACAUGAUGGAUAAAGCUAAGCGUGUAUGGGAUAUGCUCGAUGAAUUAGCAUCAAGUGAUCCAACAGCUUAUAAAAGUUAUAUUCAAAAAACGCUUAAAGAAGGCAAAGAAUGGAUGACACCGCCAACACCGUGUUUUGCAGUUCGAUCCGUCUUAUAUAAUAAACCAAAUUUCGAAAUAUUCUAUUUAAAUGUAUUUACUUGGAAUCGAUUGCCAGCUCCGAACAAAACUGACGAGGCGAUCAAAAUGUAUCCAAUCACACCGACGGAAACCUCAUUCGAUAAUGAAUCUUGCGUUAUUUUUAAUGUGGCCGUUCAUCCAAAUACGAUGGAGACGGCUCCACAAGAGCAUCUAAUUCAAUCUAUACUAAAUUUAGUCAUAUCUGAAUAUAAGUUACAUGUUGAUCACGAGCAAUAUUGUUUCCUCCAGGAGAAAACAGCAGGAAAUCUAAAAGAAAUUCAACGACAAUUCCUUAAGCCAGUUUCAAAAACUGAUCAAAACGACGAUAAUAAUGUCGAAGCUUUUGCCGAUAAAGAUCUAAGUCCUUCGUUAAUCAAACAACUAUCAUCUAUAACAUUAACGAAUCAACCAUCAUCAUCUAAUCAACAAGAAUCACAUCAACCGAAGAAAAGUGUCAAACCGCCCGUGCUGAUUGAAGAAUUAUGGACUACUCCUGUAUUUACCGAAGAAAUUUCAACCAACAACAAAUCACUAAUUAUUCGCGUUUCACUACCUGAUUGUGAGAGUGUAGUUGAUUGUGAUGUGCUAUUUCUACCAGAAGAAGAAACUAUACAAGUGGAAUGUUCGAAACUUCAUAUGCGUCUCAAGCUUGAUAUGAAGAAACGCAAGAAACCAGACGUAGCAGAUUCCACUAGUAUAUUCGCUAUCAAAAGUUCAUCGGCGAAAUUUGUACGUAAAACACAACAACUGGUUCUUACUAUUCCCAUCAUUGUAGAAUCGAGGACAAACGUUGAAAAUACGUGA